AGACAACGAGUGACGAGUCAUAUACUUGCGACCGCUCCUCGCUUAACCUUCCCGUAAAAAUUACUACGCUGUAAUGAAUUUCGGGUCAAAGAGCUUUAAACCUCGACCACCUGACAAAGGAGCGUUCCCAUUAGAUCACUUUGGAGAGUGCAAAGCCUUCAAAGAGACCUUCAUGAAAUGUUUGCGAGACAACAACUUCGAUAACUCCAAAUGUCGACUCCAGUCCAAAUCCUACUUGGAAUGUCGCAUGGACCAUCAACUUAUGACAAAAGAACCACUGGAAAAACUGGGAUUCAAAGAUAUGGUUGACCCUCCUCCCAGCCAAGCAAACAAAGACUGCCAACACUGACAUGCCACUGCUGGUGUUCAGUGUAUCAAGGGGGGCGAGCAACAGUGACACGAACACAUGCAGUGACAUGUGCAGCGUAGCCUGGUCAUAGAAUGACUGUAAUGCUAAUACUCCUCGCCAGUUACACAUGAUAACCAUUGCAUUUUAUAAAAGAAAUCAACUGAAAGACUCCAGAAUAACCCAGAAAGUAAAAACCCGUGGCAUGCUCGCUCAAAUAAAGACAUGCCAUAUAAUUAAAGUAAUCGUUUGACUUCUGUUGUGCUCUGGCAUCACAGCAGAACAAAACAUGGAUAAUGGACAUACCCAUGAUUUUAUCUUAAAUUCAGUUUUACACAUUAAGGAACAAUUACAGGCGUACAGUAGUAUACUUACAGAACAUGAAAUUGCACAACAUCCCAUCUUGUCAAAGCAUCGUCCUGCUGGAAAAUAUUGAACAUAUUGACUUGUGAAACAACGCCCUCUGCUGGAUUCAAAGCUGCAACACUCUUCUUCUCCUGCAGAUAGUGCUGUACUUUCUGUCGAAAGCAUAGAAGAGAAAUGUGCGAAUAUGCGGGGAAGCUUAUGCCAAACCGCAAAUAGGAAGGGAUCUACUGUAUAUAAAAUAUAAAAAUAACUUGACUGCCUGGGGUGGCUCUUCUAGUACAAUGGGAGGGGAAACACUGGUGUUGUGCUGAAUAUAUUCAGAAACCGAUGUGUGAAAUAUUAUGGUGUAACAACUGCAAAUCUUGAAGAAAGCUCCAGAAUAAAACAAGUAUUUUGAAUGU